AUGGCAGGUAUUGCAUCAGGAAUCAGCACCCUUGCCCUUGGCUCCGGUGAUGCUCGACGGCGAUCUCUGCUACCCCAAGCUACUCCCGACACGAACACCACCGACAACAACACCGACACCAACACCAACACCAACACCACCGACAACACCGAAAACAGUGAGACUUGUGAAAUAUACGGUUAUGUGAAUUCUGCGCAGCAAGAAAUCAAAGGUCUUACCAACCAAACUGGGUACGUGAAAGGCAACGCAAAUGGGGUCAUCAACUUUGGCACCUUGACAACCUCUGCUUCUAGGGCAGCCCAACCAUGA